CAGCUAUUCAUAGCUCUUUUGUUCAGUUUUAAGACCAGUUGUCACGAGCCGGUGCUUGUGCUUCAUUCCUCUCCAUGCACAGUGCACUCUGUAAUCACACGUUGCAGCCGACGAGAAAGGAUGUGGAAGAGAAAGAAAGAAUGGUUGAUAAAGCCUCCCAAGGAGUACCCAUUGGAGACAAAGUACAGGCCUGUGCUCGAGAGCCUGAUUCCACCAGACCCCAUGAGCAAGCUUAACCUGAAGAGGGGUUGUCCUAAAGAAGAGUUCCCACGUCUGGAUGGAAACUACACCUGCAUGGCCCGUGUGCUUGAUCUGCACAUGUACACACGCCAGUUCAACCGGGCCACGGAGAGUGGAGUCAUCUUUGAUGACAUCAUUCGUCCAGGCCUGGAGGACCUAGGAACACGCACAGGGCCCUUGACUGUAGGCUGUUUAGCCGGUGAUGCCCAAUCCUACAUUCUCUUCUGUGACUUUUUUGACCGUGUCAUUGAAGCCUACCACAGCUACAAGGUGCUUGGUCACAUUACACAAAAGAGUGACUUCAAUUAUGAAAACCUCAAGGGAGGUGAUGACUUUGACCAAGCAUAUGCUGUAAGCUGUGAAGUGAGCGCUUCUCGCUGCAUCGAGGACUUCUGCUUCCCCACACACUGCAGCCGAGGAGAGCGAAGACAACUCCUCACACUGGCCAAAAAAGCUCUGGAUCAACUUAGCCAGGAACUCCCAGGCAAGCUUUACUCCAUGGACGAGCUCAACCAAAAUACAGAAGAUAAAGGGCUCAUUCUGGAAGCCCCACCCAUCACAUUAAUGAAGACCGGUGUGGCUCGUGAUUGGCCUGAUGCACGGGCAUUGUGGAUGAGUGAGAAUGGGAGCCUGGCAGUUUGGGUGAACAUGGAGGACCAUCUAAAAUUUGUAUCUUUCAGAAGUGAUGCCAAUCUCCAGGAGGCGUUCGCAUCCAUAUGCAUCAAUUUAGUAAAGUUGGAGGCAAUAUAUAAUAAACUAAGGCACCCAUUUAUCUGGAAACCUCACUUGGGCUGGGUGGUGAGCUCACCGGCAGAGGUGGGCACCGGUCUGAAGGCCAGAGUCACCAUCAGGCUGAUACACCUGCCUGAGCACAAACAUCUGGACAGAAUCCUAGACAGGCUGAGACUUCGCAUGGAGGCAGACAACUCUUGUGGAUUGUACAAAAUAAGCAACCAACAAACCAUUGGACUCACAGAGGUGGAGUUUAUGCAGCUCGUGGUUGAUGGGGUAAAACUUCUCAUCAGGAUUGAGAAGAGACUGGAGGACAACGCGGGCAUUGAUGACCUGGUGCCUGCGCAGAAGUAGAGUCAUGAUCCAGCUACAGGAUGUUUUAUAGAGACUAGAUGCACCGUGCACGGUACACUGCAGUACCUCUGCUCACAAAGCUGCGUGUAGUUAACUCCCAUAAUGCAACCCCACUGUGUUCUGGGGGGAAAAAAACAGGCUUUACAAUAGUUUCAUUUGAUUAGAAUUGGAUAUGGAGAUAAACUGCUCUGUUGUAUGUACAGAAUACUAAUUAAAAUACAUUGCAGUGCUGUUGGAUUCUCGCAGCUCUGACAGCAGGGAACGCUGUUAUGCCAGAUGUAAUCUAAAACUAUUAAUGAUUCAAAAAAAAUUUAAAGAUAAAAAAAAAAAUCUGAUAAACUUUGAUUGGGUGAACAUUUAUGUAAGGAAACUUAUUUCAGUGCUUCCUUCUUCCUGUUACAUUUUCCACUGCGGGAGUCUUCCAUAUCGAGGGCUUUGUGCUUCACAGUAUUUAUGUGACAAGUGUCAUAUCUUCAUAUUAACAGAAAGAAAGAAAGAAAGAAAGAAAGAAAGAAAGAAAGAAAGAAAGAAAGAAAAAGAGAGAGAGAGAGACAGAGAGAUGAGAACGACUGUAUGUAAAUUCUAACAAAGAUGAACUUGUUUUGUAGAUGUUCCAUGACAUUAGAUGUGAUCAGAAUCAGAUACAGACUUACAUGUUGUUCCUUAAUAAAUAAAAGUGAAUCACUGACAAACUGAGGUUGUAUAAGAGGAAUAAAACGAUAUGGGAUGUGCUGUUAUUGGAGAUUAAAGAACUUGACUGUUGAUUAUUUUCCUGUAACAGCACACCCUGUACACUUCUUGUACUACUUACAUAACGUGCAUUCAUCUACUGUAAAAUCCUGAAUCCUAAAAGUUACCCUGUAACUGAACUACCAUAAAAGAUGUAACAAACAAACAAACAAACAAACAAACAAACAAACAAACAAAUAAAUGACACUAGA